AUCGCCAAUACUCGGAAAACUGCUUUUCUAAUGCCAUGUGAAAAUCUUCCGAUGCGGAAAACCAUCACGAGGAAAAUGGCGUUUGAACAUGUAAAGCUAACUGUUAUAGUGGUUGGUAAUUUAUCAAUAUGAUUUUUUUCAUCUCUUUCUCCUCCAGCUUGCUUGUAGAAUAAUUUCCAUAGCAACACACUACUUCCUGAGUGCAUCUUUUUGUUGGAUGUUGGCUGAGGGAAUCCAUAUCUACAACAAAAUCGUACGCGUUUUCAGCAAGAAAAAGUACAACAAAGUUUUCUUUGUGUUAGGCUGGGGUAAGUAAUAGUUAGCAAGACAAAGUUCCGCACCGUAAGAUUGCACCGAUCCAAAGUACACAAUGUAUAGAGCGUUUUCACUUACGUGGCCAGAAUCUAUGCAAAUUUAUUGAAACAAAAGAAAGCGUUUGCAUAAGAAAAGAGUUCAACUCCCAAAGGAUUGGUUUGGAACACCAACAUGGCCAUCGUUCUAUUGUUUUGGAACACCAACAUGGUCGCCGUAAAUACAUGUGAAAACACUCUAUAGAUCGUUUUCACUGUCACGCAACAAAAAAUUAAAUUGGAAACCGUCCAGUAGAAGAAGCCAAGAAAAUGAAAUGUUGUAAAAGACUAAUAUACAAACAAUUCGUCCAAGUCUCAGGUCUUUGUGGCCCAUAGUUUCUGAGUUAUUUGCCUAAACGUUUCGCGCACCUUUGUAGAGCUUUGUAUGGAGACGCCAUAUUGGUGCACCGUUUUGGUGCACCAAUAUGGCCGCCGGAAAUCAACAAAAACAUCUGGAGUUCACUUUUUCUAUAAAAGCUCUUUCUUUUCACUCGAGAACUAGCAUAUACGUACACAUAAACAUAUCUCCUAAUACUUGCAGUGGUUAUACUGCUGAAAAUCAAGAGGGGAGACUUUUUUUCAACGAGACAGCAUUCCUAUUCUGGUGUCACGCACUGUGAAAACUCGGAAGUUCAAAUUGCUGUAUUUGCGAAACGAAACAUGCUACGGAAAAGGAAACCUGUACAAAGAUUUACUUUUUGUUUAUCUUCAACUUUAUGUAAAUAAGAAUUCGUAAAACCUCGCUAUCUGGACUUUACAAUUUGAUGACGUCACAGUGAAAACCAUCUAUAACGUUAAAACCACCACUUUUCGGUUAGUCUGCUACACUCCUGGGGAGGAGCGUUGCGUGACGACACUAAAAACGGCUGUGUAGCAGACUAGUUUUCGGUCUGAACGUUUGAUUGCUAGUAAGUAAUUGUGAAGAACAAUUCCCCAUACCGACUGUUGGCCAGCUGUCGGGCGACCGUUGAUCGACGUUCGGCCGACAGUUGGUUGUGUCGAGUUCUUCUUCAUACUGAACUAGCGAAUAGUUUGAGGAACUUAUUUAGCAAUCUAGAUUCGCGCCAAAGUCAAUCUAGGAAUAAGCUGCUGUUUCGAGAAAAUGCCUUGAUUCGAAUACAUAGGAAUUGAUGGCUCCUAGCCUGCCUCCUUUCUCUCUAUCCCCUACCCCUCUCGACGCCUGCUACGCAGGCUAGAUAGCUCCGGCCUAGUUGUACAUUUCCUCACACAAUUAGUCAGUCACAAUUUGAUAAAGGAUCACAGCAUUUUUCUUUGGUGAUCAUUUAUUUAUUCUUGAAACCUUUUUCUCUUGGUUUGAUGUGGAUGGUAAAACGCGCAACAUCAAUAUUCAACAGUUUUGCAGCAGGCUGCAAGACAAGUUGCAUGUCUUCUGUUGCCUGUUUUCCCGUACCUUACGAAAAGUUUGUGUUCUUUUUUUCUUUAGGUGCACCCAUCAUUUCCGUGAUGGUGUCUUCCGGAAUUGCCUUCCAUCAUUAUGGCCCACACAACAUGUAAUUAUUUUGAUACUUUACAAAAAGGAACAGUCUUUAUAGAUUGCAGGUUUAUUGUUGGAAUUGCGUGUUUUGUUCUAUAAUUUGACGAAAAAUGUUUUAAGACGGCUACGAAAAAAUGGCAGAGCCAAAAAAGUUUUCCCAACAAAACUAAGGUUAUUGUAAAACAUCAUUGUAUCUGGGUGAGAGAGUAGGCAGUUUAUCAUUAACCUGGAGCAGAUCUUUUAAAAAUUUCAAGAUGCUUUGUUAUUACUGAGAUAGGAUGUGUCGGGUACCUUUUUUUCAAAACUGUCUCCCCUUCAUAAUCGCUGUUAACUAUACGACUGGUUCUACGAUCGAGCAAGAUGAAGCGAAUCUCCGGCGGCCAAUUCCCAGCCAAAUUAAAGUUACCUCAUAUAUGUUGACUUAUACCGAAUGACAAGUAAGACAUGGUUCUCUUCGUGAUUAAUGUCGCGAGUUCACAAUAUUCUCAUGUUGAUUUUAAAGGGGAAGCACUUGUUCAGGAUUAAAGUGUUCAUCCAGUGUAUAAAGUUCUUACUAUUUCGAUGUUUUAGUUGCUGGUUGUCUGGGAAGCUGAUAUGGGCUUUUGCUGCACCUGUAUUGUUUGUUAUACUAGUAAGUACUUUUUCUUUGCGUUUACUAUUUACAGUUUAUCAAAAGGACCUACCGGAUCAGUCUUCUCAGUUUACAAGCUUGUUCCUCUCGUAGCGAGAUUUAUAAAUGCGUUGCGCGUGAAUCGCACGAGAAACUCAACGUGGCCUGAUUUGGGUCUGUCCAUGUACACGUGUGUCAUGUUGGAUUUUAGGAAACGCCUUUGCUACAAUAGACUUCUUCCGUCAAGCAGUUUUUUUCGUUCAAACAUCUCCAAAUUAGACAAUAAAAAACUAAGAGUAUUACUUUUUCUUUAUUUUUCCUCGCUCCUCUAUUUUUCCUCCUUUUCCUUCCUUCCUUGUGAUUUCUGGGCUUAUUAUUAAGCCUCCUUUCAUUCAAAUGAGUACAGUUUUCAGUAGGUACGUAUUCAAAAAUCCAGUCAUUAAUCAGCUAUUGGAUGAGGCUGAGUAUGAAUUGACGAACUGAGCCCUUCUCGUUAUCACAGUGAUAAUUAUUCAAAAUAUUUCCAGCUUCAACAAAACAUGCCUACCUCGCUCUAUGUGCAGCCCCGUCUUCAUUACUUGAUCCUCGGCAGUUUAGUGUUUUGAAGGGAUGUUUAUUCUAGCAGUCAUUUUUUUGUAUGUAGAAAAGAAAUUGUGGCUACGUUCCCAUGGCACCGGACAAAUUUUCGAACGGCUGACAAAUUAGAGCAGACAAUGUCUGUUCAAUAUUUUCGCUUUGUUCACACGAAAUUUGAAAACGGCCAGGCGUCUAAAUUUCGUACGGUUUCUCUGUGUGAGUGAACAGAACACCUUAACGCACGCAUUUUCAACCUGUCGAAAAUUCGUCCGGAGCCGUGUGAACGCAAACCUUAGCGAGGGGGCGAGUGGAUGCUAGCGACAUGCGGUUUCACCGUCCGCGUCUGCCGGUCCCUGCGUACACAUUAGGGAGCUUAAGUAACGACGACGGUGACGGCAACGAGAACGGCAGAAAUGCAAUAGGUUUACAUUGGUAAAACAACAACUUUGCACAUUCAUCACGCUUUUUUGUACAUUUCUUUGCCGUCGUUGAACACCUACAACGUGGAACUUCCUAUUUUCACGUUUUGUGGAGGACAUGAACACAAAACAACAAUUUUCUUUUUCUUUUCCUGAAGUUCGAUACAGUCGUUCAGAAUUCAACUCCAGAAAAAUUCGCCAUUAUUUGCCGAAUUAAACGAGAUGAAAUAAACACGAUUAAGUUUGAGGCAGCGUGAAUAUACUUUUUAAAUAACGUUUUUGUAGCCGUCGCGGUAGUCAUUGCUUAAGCUCCCUAUCGUGGGGGAGGGGGCGGGGGGGAGGGUUGAAUGUGAAUUGCUUCCGUAGACCUUAAAUUUGAAAGAACUUACAAUCCCCCAAAAUUAACCGUAAAUGAGCAAUUCACUUUUGCUUUUCACUUUUUUACUAAUUCUUUUAGUUUAAAAGGCUGAAGUAACUUAACCUGUAAGUACGAUGUCUUUUACAAAGUAAUGAGGUGAAAUUAUGCGUUGCUUCUUUAUUAGGUAAACUGCUUUAUCCUCAUCAGUGUUAUAUACGUUUUAUUGACAAAGACGAUGGUAAAGGCUGGAGAAGAAAACUCGACCAAGAAAUCCAAUACAAGGUAAACUAUACUGAGGGGUGAAACAGUUAAACUGCCAAUAAGAUCAGAUAGAAUCUUCAAGAAGUAUUAUAUCAAACAUGUGGAGGAGCGUUGAAUCCGAUGUCCAAUCACAGGGGAAGGGAGUGUUUCAUCCAGCAUCCGAUAUUCAAGACCAAGAAGUUAAACACGAGUGGAAGUGUUUCAUCACAUAUCCAGACACCGAGAAGUGAUAUAUCAGACACUGGGAGAAGUCUUUGAUUCGAUAUCCCAGCACAGAAAAUUAGUAUAUAAAACACGAGAGGGAGUGAUUCAUCCAAUAUCCAGACACCGAGAAUUAAUAUGUCAGACGCGAGUAGGAGUGUUGAAUCGAUGAUCCGGUAUCUUAAACCGAGAAGUAAUAUAUCAAACUCGAGUCCAAACACCUACAAGUGAUAUAUCAAACGGGAGACGUGUUUCAAACGAUAUCCAGACACUUGAAAGUUAUACAUCAAACACUGACGAGAAGUUUUUUACAUCCGAUUUUAAAACACGGAAAAGAAAAAUACAAAACACGAGAGAGUGCGUUAAACUCUAUACCCAGUCAUUACAAAGUAAUAUAUUAGACACGAGAAGAAGCAAUAGAUAGAACAUAGGUUGCUGUGCUGUGUUUCAUCUGAUAUCUAAGAUACUGAGGAUAAAGAUAUAAAACACGAGACAGAAGUUAAAUUGGGCAUCCAGACAUCGAGAAGUAAUGUAUCAAACUCCAUGCACAUACACGAAAUAUACACGACAUAUGCUUACACAGCCUGCGAAUACAGCCGUAUUUCCUCGCUCUACGAAACGUCCUAAGCGGCGAGAAGCGAGAAGAGACGGCUGCAUUCGCAGGGAAAUGCAAACACCGAGUAGAAGGUUCUCUGUCAGGCACUAGAUAUAAGAAAGCAUUGUAUCUCACCCUUCCCGGCUUUUGGCGAGAAGUAGUUUUAUUGCAAGAUGUCAUGUGAUCUCGAAGCAACCAAUGACAACGCACGCUGUUGGGGAAAAUACCCAGCUAUAUGAUAAUGUCGUUUUUUUUCUUUUUCCCGCCCAGACGCAGUAUAAAAGUGACGGUGGUUUUGCUGCCUUUGCUUGGCCUCACCUGGGUUUUCGGAUUUAUGGCUGUCGAUGAGAACACGAUCUUCUUCCACUACAUUUUUGCAACUAUCAACUCUCUGCAGGUAUUUAAUAUGAUAUGUAUCCAUGUGAAGUUUGGUUUGAACGGGGAUAGCACGGUGCGUUGGUUAAUGGGGUUGCACUUGCACUGAUGUGGUACGUUAAAUAAAUGACUCCUCUCUACAACCUCAGACAAAUGCAGUUGGAAAUAACUAAAAAAACCCACUUUUUUCCCUGUCAUCCUGACUAAACUAAACACCGUCGCUUAAUGAAUCGGCGUUCUCCUCCGCAUCUUUUCCAGUGCUGUCUUGGCUAACAGAAGACGUUGAUUUUUGACCAACAUACCAUUAAACGGGAAGUGGAAGGCAGUGACUUUAUUCUGGUUUGAUGAUGCCGUCGUAUCUCGCGUAAUAUUUAUUGAAACUGUUUCCGAGGUUGUCGCUUACUUGCAGUAGGGGUUUGGUCAUUCAUUGUUUAUCGGAUAGAUAAAGGAAACUUAACUGACACAGGUUAAGCCCACAUCCUAAGGCGAGGACUAAUCAAAGUUUUUUUUUUCAGUCUUUUUAAAAGUCAGUUAAAACCAAAGGGGUAUGGGGUACAGAAAGAAAGAGAGUGGAGAAUAGUUAUGGAAGAAAAGUGAAAUGCACUUGAUUCCACGGAAACAACACACUCCGUAGGAGUACAAUCCUUAAGAAAAAUGACUUAAUCAUGACAGCUACGAGUUAAACGGCAUGCGGUUUAAAUAAGUAAAGAGAAGAUCGCAGUUAAAGACGCAAGUUAUGCAGUUAGGAAAAGAAAGCCAGAAAAAAUUCAGGCUUGCCGGGACUUAAUUUAAGCAUGUUCAGGCAUAGCUUGAGCCUAAUUUGCAAAAAACUUUAAUAAUCAUAAAUUUGUGAUAAUUUACCAGGGCCCAGUUGUUCGAACGCCGGUUAGCACUAACCCGGGGUUAAAUUUUAACCCGGCUUUCUUUUUCUUGUUAUCAAAAGCACUCUCUCGGAUAAUUUUCUCUAUUCUUUUUAGAGUAUCCAAUCAUCUAAUUGUAGGCAAAAAGAGUAAAACUGAAUUUGAAUUUUAAGCUCUAAUAUCUGAGUUUCAAAGUUCGCACUAACCUUGGGUUAUCUUAACCCAGCUUCGAACAACCCGGCCCAGAACAUUUCAAAAUCUGCAACCUCGGAAAAGUCGGUAAUUUUCCUGUGACGUAAGAAACCAGAUAAUUGUGUCACGUGACCAGUUAGGGCCAGGUCCAGGAAAGAAGAGAAAACUUAAGAUGGGGUUGCGAGAUGUCACUCGGAAGAUAUUACAUAGAGUACUUUUUGUUAUUUUAUUAUUUUUCCUCGCAUGAAUCUGUCUGGAAUGCGGGUUGACUCGCAUUUUUAUUCGAUUAACAAUUAAGCAAAGUAGGUCAUAGUAGUAAUCAACCACUCCUACCCCGUUUAGAAUUUUCUUUUGAAUAUCAUUAUGACAUCACGUCUCACGUGACCACUUCGGAAAGUUUUCCUAAAGUUUUUAGCAACUUUUAGAAUUACAAUAUAUGACCAUAGAAGAAAAACAGCUUUAUCUUCGUGGGGAGUCGAAACCAAAAAAUGAGCCAUGCUUUAACGUCUUGAUGAUUGGAACCCUGACCUGUGCGAUACCAGUGCGGCGCUCUAAAAAGUGGCCGAAAUUCCGCCCUCAAAGAAAGAGAAUGGCCGGGGACUAAAGUAGCUAUGCUCUUACACGAGUAGCUACGUUGAGUGUACUUAGCCUAGUUUGUUUCUGUCUUUAUUUUCAGGGGAUUUUUAUAUUUGUUGCACACUGCUGGACAAACGAUUCGGUAAGAACGCGUACAAUUAUGUUGCCCCAUUUUCCGUUCUUAAAGUGGAAUUGUUGGUCAUGAAACCUGUUAGACUCAUUUGAAGUAUGUUUUUGUUAGUCGUUUUGGACCUGACCGUGCACAACGUUCAAUAGCAUUCCUAUCGUUUUGACCUUAUUGACCAAUAGAGACAUCACGUUAAUUUAUUCAGUCACAAUUUGUGAACAAAAUGCAAAGGAUUGUGUAUGGUCAUGGAACUUCCAACAUAAAGUACAGCACAGUUGUUUUCAACUUUGAUGUUUGCCAGCUUUCCUAACCAGUUUCCUCUACUAACUCUGGUCGUCACUAAGAAUUUGCCCUUACUCCAUUUUCAUCCUUUGAAGUUUGUAUCCAUUGGUAUUUCAUUUUGCCUUCGUUAAUUUGAGUAGGCCGUUUUCGAGUUACCCCAAGCCUCUGUUUUACAGCGAGGCUAAGUGCGAAACCGGUGAUGGUUUUGCACUUAGCCAUGUUUUGAAACUGGGAGUUCAGUCUGGAACUCGGAAAUGGCCUACUAUUAGAAAAUUUGGUUAUUGUUUUCACUAGGUACGAGAAAUUUUCCUUGAAAAAAUGCCAAGCUUCAACAUCAAAGGUAAAUAUAAGAUUGGUAAGAACCGGAAGCCGAGCAACGCUCGUAGCAGCAGUACCUCUCUGGAGACAGCCACAACAAGCACUACAUCGGUGAGACUCGUGACCAUUAACAAGUCACCGACAGGUCCUCGGAGACUCUACGAACAGCCUCCGAUGAAACUCGUGAACGUAGAGCAGGAGACGGCGAUUGGUCGAGAGGAGCCCUACGAUGAGAGAUCCGUCAGACUAGUGAAUCUAGCAAAGUUACCCUCGAAGUACGCGGACGUGUUUGAUAUUCCAGCCGCUAAGCUUUUCAGUGUCAAUAAACCACCACCGAUAAGGCGACAGGACAAUUUUACAUCCCUAUCUUCGGUGAACCUCGUCACGCCCGACGACCUUCCGAUUACACCUAAAGAGGCUUACGACAACCCCACUUACGCUUUCUGGUAUCAAAACAAUGCUCAGUAA